AUGCUUGUGCACCGUUUGCGAACAAGCCCCGAUGCAUCAUCCGCCGCCAGCUUGGAUCAACCAGUGAACUCGGAUGCCCGUUGCCGGUGGCAGGAUCACAAUAUGCCUGAAUCCUCCGUUCUCCUCAAAUCUGCCGGGCGCAGAGCCUUCCAAACCACCCCGAGGAGUCAUCAGAAGGCCCAAGACGACCAAUCUCUCCUGGCUGCGUGCCCUGGAAACUCGACCUGCCCUUGGCUUGCCGUUAUGAGCAAGAACGGGGACAGUAUUGGCCGCCGCAUUAUGCCGCAGGAAACUACCGCAGAGAGGCCGGACUCGCGGCACCACAAAGAAGAUGCCGUGUGCCUCCGUGUGCCCUGUGGCCAGGGAGUUUUCAAACGCUUUCAGACGCCUUUCGAAGGGUGCCACGAGCAGGAGACGAACGAUGUUUUCCGCACGACGUACGGGGUUCUAAUUUUUCCGUUGCGAGUACCUUUCUGGAUGCUAGAUAGGGAGCGCGACUUUGUGUGCAAUGCGCUAGACACGCAAGAAUCACAGCGGUUGGGUUGCAAGGGCUUCCUUGGUCAGACCGAUUUCUGGAGAGAAGAAGGCGAUGCUCCGAUUCUGAAGUUUGACUUCGGCUGGUUGGAGGCUCACAGGGAAGAGGCAGUCCGCAGAGCCACAGCUUGGCUGCCGCACAUCGGUGUCGAGGCAAGCCGUGUCGAUGUCGACACCAAACCCCUCUCCACGGAAGGGGCCAGGAUAUUCCGAGCAGAUGCCAACCGGACCUUUCGAAGUGAGCCGAAUCGUCUCGUCUGUAUCAAGCUGCUCUCCUUUUCUCAGCAGAAGUUCGGAGACUACCAGCAGUCCCUCGGGUACGUUGCAGGCUUGCUCCUGCUCUUCUUCGACCCAGCCACCUGCUUCAAAGUCUUGACUGUCCUCAACGACAGUCCGAAGUACCUGCCGGGAUACUGGCGUGGAGAGGCAACUGCCUGCGCGGUUGAUGGGUAUGUGUGCGAGAGUUUGCUGAAGCAGCCCGUCAGACAACGCUUGAAGGAGCUUGGAUUGCUCCCAGAGACCUUCGUGCAGAAGUGGUUUGCCGGGCUCUGCAUCCACCAUCUCCCCUAUGGCAUUCUUUUCGACUUCCUGGACAACUUCUUCGAAUCAGGCAACUCCUAUUUGUUUCAGUUCUUUCUGGCCUUCUUUGACGAGUUUGAGGCCGAGAUCCUGAAUGCGGCUAACAAUCCCGAAGCGAACAUGCUGAUACGCUUCGAAUCAGCUCCGCAAGAGCGCCUCAGCAAAGUGGUUCAGGCAGCGACUGAGGAAAGGUAUGCCGGGAGAGUGAAGUCGCUAGAUGUUCAUCGAUGCCGCAUUACAGCCUUUCAGGACACGCUGUCAAGAAGGCUCCAAAGUGCGAACGAAGGUAUGUGGCAAAAAAACGACGAUGACAUUACGUUCUCGGAUGAGGAGGAUGGAUGA